AUGUCUACGCCUGACAACAAUCUCACCGGCGAUACUGAGCCCCGACAGCUCGAGACAGAGGCUACACCGACGGACCUCCAGGACGCUGGAAGGGACCGGACAGACGACAAUACGGCUCCGGAUAGAAACGUGAAGCCGGCUCCGCAAUCCUCGGGUUCAACGAAGUCAACCCUAGAGUCGGACUCCACGCCUGAAUCUCCGACAAGCGACGAUGACGACGACUUCAUUCGCCGCGGCAAAGUAACGCAUACUGCGGUCGGCGGCGGCAAGACAGGCGGUCGUCCUCGCUGA